AGAAGAUGGUAUUCCGGCCAUGGAUGCAGAGCAAGUUCCUUCUGCAGCUGACCUCCAAACGACGUGGUCUGCUCAGGUUCGUGAAACUGCUGCACAACUGUGCGCUGAAGUGCAUCGCCAUCAGGUCGGCAGCCACAGAGGACGGACCUACCAUGACACGCCAGCGCCUGCUGGAAGCUCUGAUCAAGCCAGGCGGGCAGACUGCGAUACCACUCGACGACGUUCUGGGCGAAGUCAUGAAUCUGCUGAUAGCCGGCACGGAGACGACGGCUGUGACUGUCAGCUAUGUUCUGCCACUGCUGGCCCUCCACCCUGAGUGGCAGGAUGCAGCCCACCAGGAGCUGAAGGACGUCUUUGGCGAGGGUGACGACUACCUGCGGGCCCCCAGCCUUGCAGACCUAGGCAGACUCAGGGUGCUGGAAAGCAUCAUAAAGGAGACACUGCGAUUGUUCCCAACCGUCCCGAUGCUUCCUCGGGUGGCCACAGAAGACAUCUGGCUGUCUGGAGGCUCUGCAGAGCGGGUGUCAGUUCCUAAGGGUACCCUGCUUUUUGUGCUACCCUUCCUCACACACCGCCUGCCGCAGUUCUUCCAGGACCCACAGCGGUUCGACCCUUCGCGCUUCUUGGAGGACCGUGUCGGCAAGGAACAUGCCUGCAGUUACCUGCCAUUUGGGUUGGGCGCGCGCAACUGCGUGGGCUCUCAGUACGGCCGCCUGCAGCUCAAAGUCUACCUGGCAGCCAUACUGAGGCGCUUCCGUUUCCUGCCAUGUAGCCGACGCGAGGACCUGGAGGACAGUGCGCUCUCCUUCAGCCUAAGCCCCAUCAAGCCAGUCAGAGUGUCGUGCGUGCCCGUGGAUGGCCCUAAGGCAUACUGAUCAUCAUAUUGGCCAAUGUCCUGAGACAGUUUUCAUUCCUGUCAUAAAGCUUCUGACAGUGACAACACUGACUCUGUCAGUGAACACACCGUCAAGACCAGGAUGGUCUCCUGCAAGCCUCAGCAUGGUUCCAGCCCAUUUGGCCAUCCUCGUCAUUGCUGAAAAUUAAGAUCUUCCAGGCCAUUAUCCUGAGACGCUUUACCUUGCUGUUGCACAGCUACAUCUAUCACCGUAAUCCACCUCCAGAAACUGAACAUACAAUAACAUUAAAAUCAAAAUAAUAAUCUAAAUACAUUGGGACCUGUAAUAACUUACUGUUUAUUGGGCGGUCCUUAACUUUAGUCAUAACUGCUUCCAAGAUCGUGAAAACAGUGAAGUAUGGUCGACGACAUGUUUGUCUUUUUGGCUUUGCAAAGCUCUGC